AGACAGCCGUUCUCCGUUGCGUAGACGAGUGGUUGAGCUGUAUGUGCGUCGGAGUGAAGUACUGGCGGCUCACUCAAACGAAGAUGCGUCCCAGAUUUGCGAAGCGCGCCUAGGCAUCGAUAAUGAAUUGAGUGCUUUUCUAUCUCGACAUGUUGAUGUAGAUAACGGAGCGAGAAGUUGUGCUGAAGCUCAGUUAUGGAGGAGUGCAACGUUGCUUGCACAACGGCAUAAAGCGAGUCAGGCUAACGUGCUCCGAGUUCUUAUCCGUAAUGCUCCAAAUUUCCCGAAGCAUUGCUCACUACUGUACCUUAUUUCUGCUAUGUACAUUAUAAGCGACAAAGCUGCUUGGACGCAGGUGAGAGAAUAUGAUGCCGCCUGUCGUAGUAUCAGCUGUGGAAUGAACGGAUCAGCUGCCAUUACGGCUGAAGGUCAACUGCUUAUUUGGGGAGACUUUACAAAUCAGCAAAAUAAACCAUUUGAAAGCAUAGAAAUGUCCGGCAAAACUACGCGAAGAUCAUCCACUGAGACCCCACUAAGCCCGAAACGUUCUCGUCCUCAGCAGCUACCUCAUCCCAUUCACGUUGAGGGUCGUCCAAGAGUAGUUUGCUGUGGUGCCGAACAUAUUUUGGUGCUGACCAGUGCUGGGCGCCUUUUUUCGUUAGGGCGAAAUCGUUUUGGUCAAUGUGGAGUUGGCCAUUCUUUGCCUGUUCCUGAACUGCAGCUGGUUGAAGGCAACUGGGGAUCAGUUCGAGCAUUGUCUGCAGGUCAAUUCCAUUCUGCCAUUUUAAACACUAAAGGAGAGGUGUGGACGUUUGGAUGGGGUGUAUGGGGACAACUUGGAAUUGGUGGUCGCCAGAUUAAGGACUGCUUGGUACCAACAAAAGUACCCGGUUUAACGAUCGCUUUUCACGGUCUUGAUUUUCAACUGGGUCACGGUAACAAGACUGAACGCAGCGAACCACAUAUUUUAUUCGAUCCUCGUGAUGUAAAAUGGAAGCUGGUAGCGUGCGGAGGAAAUCAUACCAUUGGCGUCUCAAAGGAUGGGCGGACUUUUGGGUGGGGCAGGAAUGAUUACGCACAGUGUGGUGUUCCAUCGGAUAAAACUCCAUCUCUAACGAAGAAAUACUUUUACCAGGCACAAAAGCAGGACGGCGCUGGGGCUGCAAAGCGAUGUGUUUCAUUGCCUGAUGAUGCAUCUUUCGUUGUUAAACCAACAUUAAUUCCUGAAGUUGAACUUCGUUUUUACGAUGAAGAUAGUGUUUCCACAUCGUUCGAUCAAAAGCAACUCAUGACGCGCCUUAGAGGAUGCGACUUGCCAACAAUUCAGGCAGUUUCUCGUCAUUUUCUCUGCCGUCAUCCCGUUAAUGCUCCAUCAUCGAAGUCUACAGGCUUAGACGCUUCUGUUCCUAUCGCUCUAGUCCAUCUCAUGGCUGGCAAUGUCCUAGCUGCGAUUGAGCAAAUAGGACGGGCUCGCAAUGCUACUCCGGAUGCAAAGGUGGAUGCAGCACUUCGUUCUGUUGCUGGUUUAGCUUGGGAAGUGGUUGCUAAUCAUGAGGACUGUCAAUCGAAGUCAAUUCUCUCAGCUGCAUUCAAGUACUUGCCCAUAACGAACACACAAAAACGCAACAGUCAGUUACGGCGGUUGUGGCCUAUGGUGAGUACUGUGGAUUUCACCACCAAGAAAAAGCGGCAAAAAUGA